AUGGUACAAAAAGUGCUUCUUUUAGGUUCUGGCUUUGUUGCCAAGCCAACUGUCGAUAUUUUGUCCAAGACUCCUGGAGUCCAAGUAACGGUAGCUUGUAGAACUUUGUCUAAAGCUCAGGAAUUAGCUGGCCUGGUUGCCGAUGCUGUUUCUUUGGAUGUUACCAAUGAAGCAGCUUUGGAUGCUGCUGUUGCCCAACACGAUUUGGUGAUUUCUUUGAUCCCAUAUACCUUCCACGUGAACGUUGUCAAGUCUGCUAUCAAGAACAAGAAGCAUGUCGUGACUACUUCUUAUAUCAACCCUCAAUUGAAGGCAUUAGAACAAGAAAUCCUCGAUGCUGGAAUCACCGUGAUGAACGAAAUCGGUUUGGACCCAGGUAUCGACCACUUGUACGCUGUCAAAACCAUUGAAGAAGUUCACCAAGAAGGUGGUAAGAUCAAGUCGUUCUUGUCGUACUGUGGUGGCUUACCAGCCCCAGAAAACUCAGACAAUCCCUUGGGUUACAAGUUCUCGUGGUCUUCCAGAGGUGUCUUGUUGGCCUUGAGAAACCCUGCCAAGUUCUGGAAGGAUGCUGAAAUCGUUGACGUCAAGUCCGAAGACUUGAUGGCUACCGCUCAGCCUUACUUCAUCUACCCUGGUUAUGCAUUCGUUGCUUACCCAAAUAGAGACUCCACUACCUACAAGGAAUUGUACAACAUUCCAGAAGCCGAAACUGUCAUCAGAGGUACCUUGAGAUUCCAGGGUUUCCCUGAAUUCAUCAAGGUCUUUGUUGACCUUGGUUUCUUGAAGGACGAAGCCUCGGACAUCUUCUCCAAGCCUGUCGCCUGGAAGGAUGCUACUGCUCAUUUGAUCGGCGCCGCCUCUUCUUCCGAAGACGACAUUAUCGCCAAGAUCAACACCUUGACAAAGUUCAAGUCUGAAGAUGACAAGACCAGAAUUAUUGCUGGUUUGAAGUGGUUGGGCCUUUUCUCAGAUAAGGAAACUACUCCAAGGGGCAACCCAUUGGACACCUUGUGUGCUACUUUGGAAGAAUUGAUGCAAUACGAUGAAGGAGAAAGAGAUUUGGUUGUCUUGCAACACAAAUUCGGUAUCGAAUGGGCCGACGGCAAGCAAGAAACUAGAACCUCCACCUUGGUCGACUACGGUGUUCCAGGUGGUUACUCUUCUAUGGCAAAGUUGGUUGGUGUUCCAUGUGCCGUUGCUACCCAACAAAUCUUGGAUGGUACUUUGAGCACCAGAGGAUUGUUAGCUCCAAUGAGCUCCAAGCUUAACGACCCUAUCAUGAAGACAUUGAAGGACGAACACGGCAUCUUCUUGGUCGAGAAGACCAUCUAGAUGUUUGGUUUGCGUUCAACAAACCUAUAUAUAAUUAUGUGACAUAUAUUGACAUUAACAUCAAACCUAACAUUAAAUUUAACUAUACAUACGUCUU